UAAAUGAUACAAUAUCAAUCACAAACAUUACCUGUACACAAGUUUACAACUUAUAAUGGCGGAUGCACACGAUGUUCCCCUAAAAGUACAUAACGAAAGCGUUAUCGAAUCCGGUUUGGUGAUUUAUCCGUUUACUCGACUAGGAGAUGAAACAUUUAUUUCGGGUCCCCUCAUCAAAGAACACGGUAUAGAAAAGCAUUUGGAAAAUGUUCGGACACUAAAAACAAAAGACACAGAUAUACUACUAUGUACAACUAUGAAAUCAGGUACACACUGGUGCCAUGAAAUAUUGUCCAUGUUACUCUCUCAGUCUCUAGAAUAUAACACAAAAGGUGUUUUACAUCACAUGAUGUUGGACUUCGCUGCAUACUUCAUGGAUAAGUUAGAUGAAGUAGAUGACCCUAGACUAUUCACAACACAUUUGCCUUUACAUCACCUACCAAUUCAUCAUGUGAAAAAUGGAUUCAAAAUUAUAUACCUGAAUCGAAAUCCGAAAGAUAGAUGGGCUUCUAAUUACACAUUUCUUCAUGGAAAGCUCGGAAUUCCUGAUUGGACAUGGGAUGAAUUUUUUGAUAAUAUGAUCCUUAAAGACGACUUACAAGGAGGUUGGUUCAACUUUACAAAGGAAUUCGAAAAGGAGGCACAAAUUAAAAAAGCAAAUAUACUACCAGUUAAAUAUGAAGAUUUGAAAUUACAUCCGUUCUCAACGAUUAAAAAAAUGGCCGAGUUUAUAGAUGUCUCGCACUCUGACGAUUUCAUUAAAGAGAUAAUAGAGAAGUGCAGUUUUGAUAAUAUCAAAAAGCACAAGUAUGAUUCCUCAAGAAUAAUUGAUCCCAAACAUGAAUCGACAUUAUUCCGAAAAGGUGUUAUAGGCGACUGGAAAAACUGGUUUACUGUAGCGCAGAAUGAGAAAUUUGAUGAAAUGUACAGAGAAGAAAUGAAGAAUUGUGAUGUUGACUUUAUCUAUGAACAUUAAUCAUGAUAUUGAUUAUCACUAUUUUCUGUUUAUGUUAUCGUUUUGUUGCAGUAACUGGCCAAUCUGUAAUUAUCUGUACAGACAUAACCACGUCUAGAAAUCUUUUUGUAACAACGGUCAAUGGCGUGAGUUUAGGUACUUUGUGUCAUUGGUCAGUAUAUAAAUAGCUAAGAGGGUUUGUUUGGAUAUUAUCUAAAUAACACAUAGCUAAGAGGGUGACAGAGCAGGGUUUUACUCCAAGGAAAGAUUGUCUACCGAGGCGAAGCUAAGGUUACAAUUUUUUUUUCGAGGGGUUCCAAUCUGCUCUGUCAACCUCUCAGCUAUGUGUUAUUUAAUUCAUCAUACUUAAUGUUUUAUCAUUGUUGCCAUUUAUAUUUUAAAUUGAAAGUACUUAACUAUGAUGUCAUGUACAUAACAACGUUACAGUUUUUUAUAAAAUUAACAAAAGUGAAGCAAACUGUAUUUUUUAUUAUGACAGUCUAUGAAAAAGUAAUGGGGCCAAAAGGUAAAAGAGGUAAAAGAGUUUAGGUACUCUGUGUCAUUGGUCAGUAUAUAAAUAGCCGAGAGGGUUUAUUUGGAUAUUAUCUAAAUAACACAUAGCUAAGAGGGUGACAGAGGAGAGUUUUACCCCAAGAAAAGAUUGUCUACCGAGGCGAAGCCAAGGUUGACAAUGUUUUUUUCGAGGGUUACCAAUCUGCUCUAUCACCCUCUCAGCUAUGUGUUAUUUAAUUCAUCAUACUUAAUGUUUUAUCAUUAUUGUCAUUUAUAUUUUAAAUUGAAAGUACUUAACUAUGACGACAUGUACAUAACAAUGUUACAGUUUUUAUAGAAUUAACAAAAGUGACGCAAACUGUAUUUUUUAUUUUGACAGUCUAUAAAGAAGUUCUGAGGCAAAAAGGUAAAACUGUAGCAUUUUGUUUGUAAAUUAUUAAGCAAAAAAAAAGCAGAAAACGUUGCUUGAAAUUAACCCUUUACCACCCUAUAAAAUUCAGUUAAAAAAUACCAAGCACUAAGCAGAAAAUAAUAUAAUAUGGACGUCACUAGUCUAUUUUAAUUUUUUUUCUGUGACGUGGAAUUAAAAAAGCCUUUCACAAUGUUUCAAGACCUCAUAAUUAUUUGGACUAGGAUUUUACAUUGAUAUGGUGGUGGGAGUUGAGGGGAAGGGAACACCAUAUGUUCAUAUUACGUGUUCAGGGUUUCUUUGAGCAAGUUUUUGUGCCCUAUGCUUCAAAUUAAGAGCUCCAUGCUUUGAAGGUAGGGAUCAUGGUUCCAGUAACGUUGGCUACGGAGGGAAGUGAAUGGUGGAGCAAACUGUUGUUAUAAUUUACAGACGUACCCGACCAGGAUACCUGCAAAGCGGAAAUUAGAAAUGAAUUUCAGGGUAAAUGUUGAGAAUGGGCUCUUGGUAUAAUGCAGGGAAUUUGUUUCAUUCUUUAUUCUGUUCAUUUACUGACGGGACUCGAUAAAUUUUUCAAAUUUCA